AUGGGCCUCGGCUCAUCCCCUCGGUCUCGGUACAAGCUUGUCUCGGAACUAUUCAAAUUUGCAGUUAUGGAUGCACAGAGUCUUUUCAACGUUGAGGGCAAAGUGGCGCUGGUCACUGGCGGAGCCAAAGGUAUUGGUCGCAUGAUCUCUGAAGGAUUCGUGACCAAUGGUGCUACGGUCUACAUCUCUUCACGAGAUGUAAAGGCUUGCGAGCAGGCUGUUACCGAGCUAAACGCGCUCGGCAAGGGCAAGGCUCAUGCUAUCCCUGCUGACUUCUACAAGUAUGACGAUGUCAAGAAGUUAGCAGAGGAGCUCGGCAAGCGCGAGAGCAAGCUCCACGUGCUUGUCAACAACUCCGGCUCCAACUGGGGCGCUCCCUACGAUGAAUAUCCAUCAGCCGCCUUUACCCGUGUCCUGACUCUCAACUUGCACCGAGUCUUCGACCUCACCCAGCUCGUGACUCCAUUGCUGGAGAAGGCAUCCGCCCCGAAUGAUCCCGCCCGUAUUAUCAACAUUGGAAGCAUUGAUGGUCUCCGUGUUCCCUCAUUGGAGACCUUUGCUUAUAGUUCCAGCAAGGCCGGCCUGCACCACCUGAGCCGGGUACUGGCAAACCACCUGGGCCAGCGCAAUAUCACCUCGAAUACCUUGGCUUGUGGCCCCUUCGAAAGUAAGAUGAUGGCUGAGACUCUUAAGUCUAUGGGCGACGUAAUUAAGGCCGGGGUGCCACUCGGCCGAAUUGGAACACCACAAGAUGUGGCUGGUGCUUGCUUGUUCUUGAGCAGUCGUGCGGGCGCGUAUGUCAAUGGUGCAACCAUCACGGUGGAUGGAGGUAGUGCAAUAUCGGCCAAGCUGUAA